AUGAACAAGUUUAACAUUACAUUGACUUCAGAGAUGAGUGAGCAGAAUGCAUAUUAUGCAGAGAUGAAACCACCCAACCCAUCCCGGAAGCAGAAGAGAGGGAAUAUAAAUGGGAAAAGAGAAGAUUCCGUGUUUACUCCCUGGAGUCUCCUGGCUGCAACCCUGGGAGUUCUGAGCCUGAUUCUCAUGGCAUCUGUGCUAGCACUGGGGAUCCUCAUGACAAACCAAUCUCCCAACCACGGAACUCGGAACAGUUCUUCACCUUACAACUCAACGUCCCAGAAAGGAUGUAACUGUGGUUCUUGCCCAGAGAACUGGAUAUGGAAUAAAUGGAGCUGCUAUUAUAUUUCCAAAGAUGAAAAGACUUGGCCAGAUAGUAAAACUGCCUGUGCGAAUAUGAAUUCCAGUCUCCUGAAGAUAGACAGCAAGAAAGAGUUGGAAAAUUUCCUGACCCUUCUGAAAACGUACUAUUGGAUUGGACUGUCUCAUAACAGUGAAGCUGGACAGUGGCAGUGGCAAGAUGGAUCCACUCUCUCCAGUGAACUGUUAUCAGUAACAGACCAUUUCCCUAAAGGAACCUGUGCAUUUUAUGGAUUGAAAAAUAUCUUUUCAUAUGAAAGCUGUACCUAUUCAACAACAUAUAUCUGUGAAAAAAGAGCUAUGUAG